AUGUUUCUUAUCUCUUGCGCUGUAGAGCGCCUAUCGGAUCUUCGGGAACGCGUUACCUACACGGGAAAAACUCUACUGGAGCGCAGUCGGAAGUGGAGGAGUUUCUCCACCAAACCGCCUUCUAACUGUGAUGUUGUUAUCACCUUCGAAAGAGAUACUCGAGAGGAACAGGUUGCUUGGUUAUCUGAUCGGAUCCAGGCCAGAAUUCCGGAAUUAUUAUUCACCAGAACUUUCCAUAGAGGAACUCAGAGGAUUGCGCUUUAUCUAACCUGUUCAUACAAAGAUUUUCUUAAGGGUGCUCAGGAGGUUCGACUUCGCAAGCGUUUGAUUGCUGAUCUCGGUGGAGACUUGCAGGAGUUUUGCAUUGAAGAUUGUGAGAACUUUGAGGGAGUUUUUGAUCAAGAGAAUUUCUUUACAAGUUGCGAGCGUCAGACUAUCGUGAGAUAUUAUCUCAUGAGUCUUCGAGCGAUGGCUGGUGACGUCUGGGACGAUCAUAUCCAGUUCUCUCACGGACAGGCCAUCAGUAAGCGUAAUAUAGCUUCCAUAACUGCGCAAUUUUCAUGA